CCCAUUGCAUUGUCUGCAACUCUAUAGGACGCUCUCAUCUUCUCCUCACUGAAGAGCUUGUUUGGAAAAAGACACAUGUUUUUAUUGUGACACCUCAAUCUAACUAUCUGAUUUAAUCCUUGGGGACUUCAGGCUUGGACAGCAAGAUGCAUUUGUCCGCCCUUCUGCUGUGCCUGAGUUUGGGGGCUUUGGUCAAAUGUGCUACUGGAAGCGAUUGGUGCUAUACCGACUGCGAUGACACCCCGUCCACAUGGGAAAACCUCCAUGGGGCUUCCUGUGGAGGAAAAAGGCAGUCUCCGAUAGAUAUAGACACCAACAAUGUUCAUGCGGACCUCCACCUGCUUAACUUUAACUUUGUCAACUUCUCUUCUAAGCAUGUCAUCAAGUCCAUAAUAAACAAUGGACACACAGUGAAAUUGAAAUUGCAUGAUGGUGAAGUUGAGGUGAGCGGAGGUGGACUAAAUGAUGCAUAUUCAACAAUUCAGCUUCACUUUCACUGGGGCGACACAGAACAUCACCCAGGUUCAGAGCACAAGAUUGACGGACAAAGAUAUCUAAUGGAGAUGCACAUAGUCAGUAUGAUGAAAGGUCUAACUAUGCAGCAGGCCACGGAGAAAUCAGAGGGAAUUGCAGCGAUGGCGUUUUUCAUAAAGGCAACAGAAGAUGGAGAUGUGUCGCCAACAUGGAGUAACCUCACAUCCUACCUGACAAAUGUCAUGGACACCGAGAUUGAUAUGGAACAUGACAUCUCUAUCGAUGACCUGAUUAAAGAUGUGGACCUCACAAAGUUCUACCGUUACAUGGGCUCGCUGACCACCCCAAACUGCAACGAAGCGGUCGUGUGGACAGUCUUUCAUGAGCCAAUCAUCAUCCAUAAAACUCUGAUUCAGAAGUUCCCCGAAAAGGCAGGGUUCAGAAAUGUUUAUCGACCUACACAAGCUCUUAACGGACGGCAGGUGUUGGCUUCCCCUGCAACUCCUUUACCCAGUCAUCCAUGGUGCUAUCAUGAUCACUGUGAGUACACACAAUCUGAGUGGAGCCGUCUGCCCAAUGCCUACUGCGCCGGGGAAAGCCAGUCACCCAUCAACAUUGCGAAAAGCAGCGCCGUGAAGGAGGAGAAACUCGGUGCUUUCCACUUUGAAAAGUUUGACGACAAACAUGUCAUCGAGAAAAUCAUUAACACAGGCCACACAGUGAAGUGCGUACUGAAGGAGGGUGUGGAGGUCUCAGGUGGAGGUUUGGGACACGUCUUCUCCACCCUUCAGUUGCACUUCCAUUGGGGCGCGCAUGACUCUGAAGGCUCUGAGCACACAGUGGAUUCAAAGAGAUACCCAAUGGAGAUGCACAUAGUGAACAAGAGGAAAGAUUUAACUCUCGAAAAGGCACUACAAACUACUGAUGGUCUGGCUGUGCUUGGAUUCUUUAUUGAGGCCACAAGCGCAAAGGAAAAAAGCCGCAGCAGUUCAGAACAAGGCGCGUCCUCAUCUGAUAUGGACGCCUUGAAAAAACUCACCAGCUAUCUUUCAGCUAUUAAAAACAUCAUUUCAGAAGUUAACGUCACCGAAGAGAUCUCCAUUGACGACUUGCUUGGCAGUGUGAACAGAGAGUCAUACUAUCGCUACAACGGCUCCUUGACCACGCCUUCCUGUAACCAAGCUGUGGUCUGGACCGUGUUUAAAGAGUCCAUCAAGGUGGACGAAACCCUGAUGAUGAUGUUUCCGAAGGAGACAGGAUAUCACAACGUGUUUCGGAGUGCGCAGGGUCUUCACGGCAGGACCGUCUACACCACCGCAGCAGCAGCCAGAGCCCCUGUCUCCAUCUCACUGCUGCUCGCGUGUCUCUGCGCCUUUCACUUUAGAUUACAUUUCUGAUACGUUUUACUAAUUGGAGCUUCUGUAGAGCCAAAUAUUGUAAUGAUUAUCAGUCCCUUCAGAUUGUCCUUUUAAUAAUUGUUAGCCAAACACCUCAAAUAGUGUUCAAUCAGGGAUUUUUAUAGGCUACCUUAACAGUGCAAUUAUAUCAUCUUUUAAUCAAGAAUACAACAAAUAAGCCUCUCUAGAUAAGUACAUGACAUAGGGAGCACUUGAUUUAAUCAUCACCAUAUGUUUUGUCAAAACAUGACAUAAUUUAUAAAACGCAAUAAUAAUUCAGCCUUGGGUAGUAAUCGAAGACUUUUGUUGAUUAUCCUAAACAACUUAUAUAACCUUACAGAAUAUUCAUAAAGAUAAAAAUCAUUAUUAUUAUAUUAUAUUAGUGUGAGUUUGUUUUGUUGCUUUGAUCAGUUAUUAAUGAACUGUAUUAUUAAUUUAAGAAUAAUUAAUGUCAAGCAAUAAAAAGGAAUCAAUUAGCAAUGCUA